GCCCCCCCAGCACAUCACUACGGAAUUACAGCCCCCCCAGCACAUCACUACGGAAUUACAGCCCCCCCAGCACACCACUACGGAAUUACAGCCCCGCCCCCCAGCAUAUCACUACGGAAUUACAGCCCCCCCUUCCCCAGCAUAUCACUACGGAAUUACACCCCCCCAGCACAUCACUACGGAAUUACAGCCCUCCCCCACCAGCACAUCACUACGGAAUUACAGCCCCGCCCCCUCCCAGCACAUCACUACGGAAUUACAGCCCCCACCCCCAGCACAUCACUACGGAAUUACAGCCCCCCCACCAGCACAUCACUACGGAAUUACAGCCCCCCCAGCACAUCACUACGGAAUUACAGCCCCCCCCAGCACAUCACUACGGAAUUACAGCCCCCCUCCCAGCACAUCACUACGGAAUUACAGCCCCUCCAGCACAUCACUACGGAAUUACAGCCCCCUCCCAGCACAUCACUACGGAAUUACAGCCCUCCCCAGCACAUCACUACGGAAUUACAGCCCCCCAGCAUAUCACUACGGAAUUACAGCCCCCCCCAGCAUAUCACUACGGAAUUACAGCCCCCCCCCAGCACAUCACUACGGAAUUACAGCCCCUUCCCAGCACAUCACUACGGAAUUACAGCCCCCCCAGCACAUCACUACGGAAUUACAGCCCCCCAGCACAUCACUACGGAAUUACAGCCUCCCCCAGCACAUCACUACGGAAUUACAGCCCCCUCCCCCUGCACAUCACUACGGAAUUACAGCCCCCCUGCACAUCACUACGGAAUUACAGCCCCCCCAGCACAUCACUACGGAAUUACAGCCCCCUCCCAGCACAUCACUACGGAAUUACAGCCCCCCAGCACAUCACUACGGAAUUACAGCCCCCCUGCACAUCACUAUGGAAUUACAGCCCCCAGCACAUCACUAUGGAAUUACAGCCCCCCAGCACAUCACUAUGGAAUUACAGCCCCCCAGCACAUCACUACGGAAUUACAGCCCCGCCCCUCUUCUUCCAGUAUAUAG